UCGAUUGUGAAAAUAGGAGAGUUUUAUUUCUUCGAUUGUUUUUUUAAUUUGUAUUAUUUUAAAUGGGGUUUGGGGAGGGUUGAACUGAAGUUCGCUUCGUUUUUGACGGACUCGUGUGGCUGCUGGUGAGGGACGAUCCUACUUUUGUUCAGUCGAAUAGGAACACACAUUACUAUGGAGAGCGCCUUCCCGUCACCUUUAGUCAAGCAAGAGAAUAACCCUCCAUCCAUUAUGCAUGGAAGGCAAGUCAACCUUCCUCCCAUUCCUCCCAGUGUGCACCACUCCCCCACCCAGCAGCUGCCCUUCGUCAGUCCUCCCACUCAGGAAGACCUGUGGCAUCUACCUGGACGGUUGCGCAUAAACCCGUCUCUAUGGGACAAGGAGGACGUGGCUCACUGGCUCCACUGGGCGCAGAAGGAGUACUCUCUGCGGCGGCCGGAGAAGGGGCGCUUCGAGAUGAACGGCAGGGCCCUGUGUUUGCUCACCAAGGAAGACUUCAGACGCCGCUGCCCCAGCUCAGGUGACGUCCUGUACGAGAUCCUCCAGUGUGUGAAGCAGCAGCGGAGGAGUGUCGUCUGCGAAGCCCCCAAAGCGUCUCCCUCCAAGGCAGCGCAACACACUCACAGUCCAGAUGACAGGAGCCCCAGCAACGGCGCGUCCGAGCCCCAGCCGCCCACAGCCACGGACACCCGAGCGUCGGCAGCCGCUACGCCUACAGCCGGCAGCCAGCCGGAGCCCGUUUCGCCUCCCGGACCCCGGCCGCUGACCUUCCACCCCCACCCCGCUCCGGUCACACACAGCAACGGAUCACCUGCUGCGCCGCCGCCCAGCCGCUCCCCCCCGCACACAGACAGCACCGUCCAGGAGCCUCUCAACCUGUCGAGCCGAGAGAGGCCCAGGAGCCCGCUGCACAAAGCCAACGGCCGCAUCCCAGAGUGCAGGCUGCUGUGGGACUACGUGUAUCAGCUGCUGUGUGACGAGCGUUACCAGGAGUACAUCCGGUGGGAGGACCAGGACAGCCUGGUGUUCAGGGUGGUUGAUCCCAACGGGCUGGCGCGUCUUUGGGGAAAUCACAAGAACCGAGACAAUAUGACGUAUGAGAAAAUGUCCCGUGCUUUGCGACACUACUACAAGCUGAACAUCAUUAAAAAAGAGAGAGGACAGAAACUUCUUUUCAGGUUUCUGAAACUCCCACAGGACAUCAGGAAACAGCAGCCUGAGCCUCCCGAGUCCCCGGAGCACACGCCGCCUCAGGUUGGGGAAUUUCCAGACAGCAGUCCCACGCACGACUUCAGCGAGGACCACUUUGAGGUUUCCCCUGAUCGCGCUUCGCCACAGACUCCUCCAGCCGGAGCGCUAGUGAGCUAAUGAAAGUUUAAUAUUUCAAAUUCAAAAUAACAACACAAGUUGCAGGAUAGAAGAGUGUUUAAGGUAUAUUCAUCUUACUGUUUCAACUCAUGAAAAUAACAUUUACCAUGACUUUUUUGCACUGUGAUUAUUUAGCUGUAAAUAAAAUUGUACAUGAUCAGCGCAAACACUAAUAAUAUGGUUCGAGGAAAACCACAUCAUUGUUCAACCAGCCACACAACCUUCAUAAUGUACACACAUCAGGCUUGUUCAGUAUGAUUGCAAGAUUGAUUAUGCAGCUAUUUUCCUAAAAUGUGACUUACGCAAAAACAUUUGUGAUGCAUUUUUUACAGGGAGAUUCUUAAAAACAGUUUGCUUCAUAAAUGUAAAGAUUUUUAAUGUUUGCAAGUGUAAAACUGUGUUUUGACUAUAGGCUAAUUUCCUUUUCCAUGUUUGUAAAAUAAAUGUUUAUGGCAGAAAAACUGA